AUGUCUGUUCCGUUUCCAUUACUUCGUCUUCCGUUUCUCCCAUUUGAGAAAGUGAUUAAACAAAUGAAUUCAUUUGAAAUACUGAUGUUAUCUCUUUGCUCCAAAGCUUCAAAACGUUACUGCAAAUUCGUGAAACCUGCCAAGCCGAUAGUCUUCAAUUUAUGCAUUAACGGUGGAGUACAUAUAACUGUCCAAUGGGAAAAUCCAAAACCAGAAAAGGAAAUAGAGAAAAACAAUAAGGAUUGGAAAGUGCUUUAUGCUGAUGAUCUACUGAUUUCCACAAACUUUACUAUCAGUCAUCAAUUCAAUGUCCUAACUUCUGAAUCCUAUGGGUCUAUUCAUUACAAGCCAAACAGUGACAGAACAUCAUCCACUUAUCGUAUUUCUCAACAUUAUUUCACGGAAGAAGUUUUGAAAUGGAUCGAUGCAAUCAGAGAAGUUUUCAAUGCUUCAUUCCAUGAUUUUUUCUUGGGAACUUCUCAUGAUGAGAGGGUGAUCAAAUGGAUUGAGGCUGAAAAGCCGUCAGUCAAUAAACUGGGUCCGAUGUAUUUUAGGAGUCGUUCAGAAUUUGACAAGAAAUCACAUGUGACAAACUCAAUACAUUUGAAUGAUCUACUGAAAUUAAAAUGUCCUGUUAUCAACGCAGAAUGCACCGAUUUCACUGACAAUGAUCUCAACUUAUUUCUGAAAAACUGGAAGAAAAUUGAUUCAAAUCUCAAGUUUUUAUCAGUGAAUCGAUCCCCCAAUUCGCCAGAAAUUGAUGAAAAGGCAGUGAUCGAAGGGCUAAAUGUUACCAAACUGGAAAAAUUUGCGUGGGUAAGGAGAGGAGAUGAAUCGAUCGGAAUUAGAGGAUACAGUAUUAGUAACGAUGAAGGAAAGAUGGCAGUCUUUGGAAUCGAUACGUGGAGUCGGAAAAAUGUGAAUUUCAAGUUUUCACUGUUUAGUGAAUUGGAAACCCAAUAUUAA